AUGUUCAGUCGCGGCUUUUUCGGCGCCGUUGCGCUUCAGUCUCUCAUUGCAUCUGCCCUGGCCGGCCAAGCUAUCAUCAACAACCACUGUGGCUACGAUGUCACCGUCCUGAGCACCGCCACUAACGCGCAAACCACUCUCAACGCGGGCGGCACACACACCGAGCCCCUCAGCGGGCAAGCCUCCCUCAAAAUCGCCAAAGACCCUUCUCUACUAUGGGCCCAUGGCAUUACGCAGUUCGAAUAUAGCGUGACCAACACUCUCUGGUACGACAUCUCGCUGAUCGACUGCGCGAAUGGACAGGACGGGAGCGGUUGCCCUGGCCAUGACGGUGGUAUCAAGCUUGAAGCUAGUGGAGGGAACUGUAAGGUUGCCCAUUGUCCGGCCAAUGCGUAUUGUCCCGAGCAGGCGUAUUGGGUGUGGAAUGAUGAUAAGGCGACGAAGAGCUGUGAGGAUGGGCAGGCAGGGGGCGAUGUGACGAUGACGUUGUGUUCCGGUGGUGGGCAGAAGAGAUCGGUUGCCGGGAGGAUUGCUUAUUAG